AUUUCCCAAGCCCGUCCUCAUACCUUUGUUCGCAAGGGCGGCUGCUGUUAGCGUCCGUGCUUAGCGAGUAGGACCGCAGACGUGUCUACUUUCACUUCUCAUCUUUAGUAGCAUUCCUGUAGGAAAAAGUCAUUAAAGAUGGCUCUCUCUGGCUAUCUCGGUCGGCUGCUGAAAGUCACGAACAAGAAGGAUAUCUUCGGAUUCCUCGCGUCUUGGGAGACGGCGAAGAUGAUUGUUGAUGGUAACCUCGCGCACAACGUCCUUUUCCGUGGUCCGUCUGGCAACCUGGUGGGCACCGACCACUACAACAACAAGUACUACGAGAACGACACCCACGUCUAUUCCCGCCGGCGCUGGGUUGUGUUUGACGACAAGUUCGACUACAACAUCACCAGCGUGCCGCCCGAGUGGCACGGCUGGCUGAACUACAUCAACGACUACAAGCCCACCGAGUACGACUUCAAGAAGCCCAUCUUCCACGUCCAGUCGUCCAUCACCAAGACCGGCACCGAGGAGUGCUACAACCCCAAGGGCUCUUGGUUCAACCCCCAGAAGCGCAACUGGAAGAAGUACGAGGCUUGGACCCCCAACCAGCAGGCCUAAGCGGCGCGGCAGGAGGUGCGGGCAGGAGAGGGCCUGUAGGGGAGGAGGAGGAGGUGUUGUGCUGAGGGAUGGGCCGCCGCCGCUAGCCGGGCAAGCAGCCAUCCCUAGCCGGCUUCUUCCAGCCUCUGCCAAGAAGCGUGUGCGCACACAGACGUUCGCCGGCUGGCCACAGUGCGCUGUGUAGGUCAUGUUUAGCAGCAGAGUGCGAGGGGUAAGAGGCGGGGUGGUGGCGGGCGGGCUUGUUAGCCGGAAUGAGGCUUAGGGGGUGAUAGCUUGCAGCGGCCUGCCUUGGGGGCAGUGGCGCUGGGGCAGUGGCGUCUGGUGGUAUUAGCUUGGCAACAUGAGAGACUGGGUUUACCAAACCUGAGUAGGUGGUGGGAGUAGUGCCUUAGUCGGGGCAUGGUCGGAGCUUUGGACUUGGAAAGCACCAUAGCGCCCGGGGUUAGGUGACGGCUGUUACGGUUUGCGCGCGUGUUGUCGUAUGAGUGGAAACGUGAGCUUGCACGGCCCUUUGGCAUGAUCUGCAGUGCGAGUAGGUCAGGCCACGGCUGAUGUAAGGCUCUGUCAACG